AAACUUGAAACUUCAUUUGUAUACAGGCUGCUCAGAGGCUAACCGAUCUCAAGAAGGACAUUAGAGAAAUUGCCUCCUUGAAGCAAUCCGCCUCUACCGUGUCACGUAACCAGAAUGAGACCGAGCGACUCAAGAGCGAUAUCAAAAACUUGGAAACGGAGCUUGCGGCCACUGGUUCCGCCAAGACGGGUGAUGAUGUGCAGAGGGAACUUGAUGCCCUUUCUAAUGAGAUCCGUUCAAAUGAGAGAGAAAGGCAAGCACUCAUGACAGAGCGUGACCACCAGAAUCAAUUGCUGCGGACGAAUGAAAAUGAUCUCCACGCGAUGGAAAAGAAAGAGAAUACGCUUUCCAAUCAGAUCCGUGACAAGGAUAUCAUGGAGGAACGCAUUGUCACAAUGACCAACGAGAUCGCGACCUUGCACUCGAAACUCAAGGAACUAGACUCAAAGAUUUCAGAGGCGCAAGCUCCUAUUGAUAUGCUUGAGCAAGAGCAUCAGCAGGCCAUGGUUGACCUUGAUGCGAAGAUUCGCGAGGCUCAACGUUCUGUACAAGAGCUCAACACGAAUGUUGAUAAACUUGACAGCCUCAAUAAAGUCGUCGAGCGAUAUAUUCGUGACAAGCGAGCCCGUCUCCUUGGUGAGUGCGCCGACAAGAUAGAACAGUUCGAGCAGGACAUCAGGGAUCUUGUCACCAAUAUCGAGAACACCCGGGAUGCCAUAGCUAAGAUUGACCGGGAGAUCAGCGAGAGCGGGAGUUUGAUGGCGAAUUUGCACGGGAACAUUCGUAUCAGAAAGCUUUCUCGCGAUAUAGCAGCCACGCAAGCUGAAAUUGACUCGUGCGAUAUGGAGGGAGCUGCAAAGGCGAAGCGGAACUUCGAAGAUCGUUACCAGGUUGAGAAACAGAGGGAAACGGAAAUGCAGAGCAAGUAUGCCCAUAUAGGAGGCGAAAUCAGUUCCCACCAAGAGCAACUCAAGAUGACAGAGAAGGAUCUACGUGACUUCAAGGAGAUCAACAAACGGUAUAUACCGACCAGUUGGUCAAGGUCAAGAUGUCCGACAUGGCAAAUAAUGAUCUGGAGAAAUAUGCCAAGGCCCUGGACAGUGCCAUUAUGAAAUACCACGGUCUGAAGAUGGAGGAAGUCAACGAUACUAUGCGCCAUCUCUGGAAUAAAACGUAUCAAGGGACCGAUAUCGACG